AUGACGAACACCAGUGCUAGCACACAAGGCACCGCCCCACCAGACGCAUCGUUAAUAGACGCUGGCAGUAACACCGCAAACAACGCUCCCUCGGCCCUCGCCCAGGCUCCCCCCCGUCGUCGGCGUCCAGCCGUCGAGCCGACUGGCAACCGUCGGCUGGAGGUGAUAGAUCUGGACACUAUCGUCGCAAGUGUCCCCGCCCCGAACACUCCUCUCGGCCUGGACGACGACACACUCGCGUACUUCGACGCGGGCGAGGUCGAGUGCGACGACGAUAACACUGCUGAAGAGGACACAGACUCCGCCAUGCCGGCCGACAGGAAGGGGUGGCAGCCGGAGGAAGUCAUGCAGCUCGCGUGGAUCCGCCAUGACUUCGACGAGCAGUAUCGCAGUCAGACUCGCCUGCAGGGACAGAAUCACGAGCUGAUGCUCUACGACAAAGUCCGCGCGCGACAUCCGGGCUGGCGCCACGGCUUCGCCGCCACGAAGGCGAAGGUGUUUCGUAUGGAAACGCACUAUCGGAAGGUCAGGGACCUUCUGUUGAAGCCAUCCGGAAAGGGAAAGCCGCCGAAAAUACCGAUAUUCUACGACAUCUUCGAGCGCUUCUUGGGCGAACGGGCAAAUGCGCGCCCGCCGGCUCUCGCGAGGAGCCUCCCCGGGGCAAACACCCCCGUGAUUCCGCCCGUGGCAGCCGCCACCGCAGGUAAGUUCAUGUAG